AUGCUGCUGAGCCCGCAUGGCUCGCUACCUGAUCCUACUGUGCAAAUCGUGUCCGUCGCCUGUGGCAAAGGCCAUCUACUGCUGCUGGAUAGUGUGGGCCGCCCCUGGGCUCUAGGAGAUCCCUGCGCCUCGGGUGUUGCCUGCUCCGAUCAGCUCAGCCACGAUGUGUCGCAAUGCUCCGAAUUCUUCCGAACGCCCAAUACUGAGUCCCCAGCAGCUUUGACACGCGCCACGCCAGUUAUCGCGCUGUGGUCAGUUCUCCGCUCAA